CUUUUUACUACAUCACACGGCUUGCGUUUCUUUUUUCUUCAUCCUGCUCCUUGAUAUCUCCAACCACGCUCUAAUAUCACUAGUCACCCUUCCAUCAUCAUCACCCAAGGGUAAAAUUUCUGGACACAACAGUACAGGCCCCCGUUACACGUUAGCAGCGCAUUGGACACAGUAACACGUACUUGUGUGUGUGGAAGGUCAAUCGCAUGAGCUUAGGCAGCAACCUUCAGUACGUAUACCGCUGGCGGAUUGGUCAAUGGAGCAGCCUUGCGCCGUGCGUUGAGCACAACAGCCCACCCUUUGAUGCCGAUGGGCUGUGCUGGGUAUUCAAACUAUUCAAGGGCCGCACGCGCAACCCACAGGCGCUGGCGUUGUAUCUGGCCGUGCACGAAUCGUCUGCCGACCGGCUCAGACAGAUGCGCAAAAAAUUGGAUAUCUCGUUCACAUUGGAGAAUCUGCAGGCGCGCUCGCUCAGCUUCAACAAAUACCCGGCGCCAAUAACCGUGUGGGUCGACAGCAACUACAGCACCUGGGGGGACGACAAAUUCAUCGACCUGGCCGACAUGAACAGCUUUCUCAACGACGACACGGCAUGUCUAGUCGUGCGCUUCCAUGUGCGCGAGACCAUCCAUGAAGGCGCCCCCAUGUCCCUACCAACAUCCACAAUAGCCGUGUAUGUACCAGACAAAAUCGCCGCGCCAUUCAACCAGCUUUUGAAGUCCGCGCGGUUCUCUGAUAUCCAGUUUGAGCUGCGCGACUCGUCCUCAUUGCUACUGUCACCUGGCCCGCCCGCGCACGGGCUGUUGCCGUCACCACGAUCUAGCGGCGAAUUUGUCAACCCGCUGGGCAUCGACCAGUGCGUGACGCCGAUGCCCGGGAACCGCACGCCCAGGGCAUUACCGUAUGCGCAUCGUCCACGGAUGGACGAGCCGCCGUUGCCGGGCCACCGGUAUCAUGCGCAUAAGGCGAUCCUGAUGCAGGUAUCGCCGGUAUUUGAGGCCAUGUUCAGCAAUGGAAUGCGUGAGACAUUCGAGCAGGUUGUGGAGGUCUGGGAUGUCACGCCGCGGGCGUUCGAGCGCCUUUUGGAAUUUGCCUACACACGGCAAUGCGAUCUGGACCCUAAAUCGCCCAAAUCCGCCAAUGUUACGCCAGACGAGGUCGUCGAGACCUUGCUUUGCGCUGACCAGUUUGGCGUCACAGAGUUGCGCCACGUGUGCUGGCGGAACUUGAUGUCCAAGAUUUCCAUCGAGACAGUGUGGGAGAUAUGGUCGAUAGCAACCGACCUGGAGGCGAAAGAGCAGAUGAGCUCGUGCCGCAUGUUCUGCUGCCGCCAUUUCACACAGCUAUGCCAGAACGAAUCAACCAUGUGGGCGCCUGCACAUCUACUGAAGGAAGUGCUGGCCAGCGAUGCGCUGAAUGUGCAGAGCGAGGAGGAUUUGUUCGAGACCGUGGUCCGAUGGGCCGAGUUCAGCGAGGACGACUCGGGCGACGAGCAGCAGGCGCGCGCCACGCCUCCGGGCCAGAUAGUGUCGGCCGAGAAGCACACCAAAACCACCCGGCCGUCAGAUAGCGCCGUACUCAAAUGCUACCGGUCGCCGGCCAACCUGGCGCUCCUGCCGCGCAGCCCACGAUCGCCGUUCCUGCAGGCACGCAGCCCGCGCCGGAAAUCUGAACUGACGCGUGAGGCCUUCACUGCAGGCGCUAUGCCGGGCGCCACCACUCCACCCAGUACCGAUUCGCCGCGCACGUCAAUCUGUAAUGUGCGGCUGCAGUCAGUCGAGUACUCCGAUACUGCCACCUUGGCUACAUUGCAUGCGCGCAAAGAACACCUAUCGUCGCUAUUGCCCUGCAUCCGGUUUCCGAUGAUGGACAAGCAAUUUUUGCUUACUGUCGUCGAACGUAAUUCCGAGCUGAUGGCCAUGCCACUGAUGAAGGAUUUGCUGAUUGAGGCGUACCGGUUCCAUGCGUUCAAUCCACCCGCGCCUGUGGAGAAACCUGAGCGGCGCCGGGCAUCAGAGUGCUUUGCAAAGCGGGAGUCGAGCACGCCUGUGGAGCAGUAUGCGAAAAUUAUCUUGCCAUUAAAUGGCACGGACGAGUACACGCUGUCACGCUCGCAGCGCCGCAAGUGGGUUUUCCAGAAUGCUGCUCAGAAGACCCUUGCUCAAAACAUAUUCGCCUAAAAUGUAACGUACCGAGUUUACGUAGAUUUAAUACCACACAACAUCGUUUGCACCUUUUAUUCGUAUCACCUUACCCCUCCCCGGAUUCAAUUUUCACAGAAUCCCAAAAAAGCUAUUUCAAAUUCCUUUC